AUGUUGGUCUCCUUCUUUCAGACUUUCCUAUAUAAGGCACUUCGUACCACGCUGGCCUCUUGCCAGGAUGUUGCCUACGUGAAAUCCCAGCUCCAGAAAUUUCUGAAGGACACAGAUUACAUGGACGCUUCGGAGAGAGAGCAAGUCGUGAGCAUCCUGGCUUUCUCAGCCAAGGGCCACCUGGACCUCACCCUGAGCACCCUGGAGGACUUUGGUGCUGCCAUAAGUAAAGUGCAGGUGUCUGGGAUCAUCAGCCUCCUGCAGGACUUUCACCAGGGGAGAAGAGGCAGGACCCACAGGGCCUUGAUCCUGGCCUACAGCCAAAUAGCUGUGCAUGCCCCCCAAACACAGCUGCUCCCCCGCGUGGAGUGUGACAUCACCAGGAGGGUCCUGCAGCACUACAUGAGCAGCUGCCAGGUGCUUGGCAUCACCAUCCUCAAUAAGGACCUGGACUUAAAGCUGACCCUCAUCCAGUCAGUCACUGAGAUCAGCCGUGCCAUCCAGGACGCUGAUGGCUCCCAGAGCUUCCAGUUCAUGUACAAAGAGGAGCUGCUGGGGUACAUGCUGGACUUCAUAAAAGAGGAACCGAUGGAUUCCCUGGCCUCUCCUGUUCGCCUCACGGCCAUGCUUGCCAUUAAGCACCUGAGCAAGGUGAAACCCUCCCUGAAUCGGGAUGCAAACAGAAGCCUGCUUGAAACCUGCCUCAGGUGCCUGGUACCUCUCCCAGCUGUGCAGCACCUGACACAGGAGGGGGAGACAGCUCAGGACUCAUUGCAAAUACAGUCCUUGCACGAGUUGUCCAUGCAGGCCUUGGGCGAGCUCAUGAGAGGCCUCCUUGAAGAAGACCCCACUGAGAGCUGGGUCAUGGAGAUGUUCCACCUGCAAGAGCCCUUCAGAAAAACUGGGUUCCUGCUGGGGCUGCUGGCGCCCUACACCUGCGCCUCUCUCGCCACAUCCCGGCUGUGGGCUGCUGACUGCGUUGCCUGCCUCCUCCCCAUACAAGCCAAGGUACUGUAUCAGACGUCAUUACGGCCCUCUUUCCUCCUUAUUUUUAUUCCAGAUCAGUCCAUGGGCAUGGAUGCAGCGGAGGAGGAGCUGAGGGGUAUCCGGGAGGAGCUGAAAGCCUCCACCCCCGAGACUGUGCUUGCCGCAUCCUCCCGCAUGGCCAAGGUCCUUGGGAAAUAUUUUCCAUCAAGCCAGACCCAUGAGUUCAUGGAGACCCUGCUGAAUGGCAUGCUGAGAGCCAGCCCCACAUGUGCCACAGCAGGAGGACAUUGGCUCCUCAGCAUCAUCAAGGAGUAUGGAGAGGCCCUGCUGGAGGAGGUGCCGGACAUCCUGGGCACCAUAACAAUGCACAUGCCCACAAUGCAGGAAGGGCGCAGGAAGAGCUGCCUGCUGGAAGCUGUGGCCAGUCUAGCAGGCUUCCACGUAGAGGCCGUCACCAGCAGCCUGCUUUGUAGACCUCUGCCCAUGGACAGUGACACCUCUGAAUUGUGGCGGGCGGUGGGUGGAGGCGAUGAUUUCUCCGUCCACGUGCUGCAUUUUCUCCUCACCAAGCUGGACCAUCGGGCUGAGACGGAGAGCAGCUCGCUCACCGCAGCAUUUGAGCCACUGGCAGCAACCUGUGCUGCCUUGGAAAUCAUCAGCACCCUGCAGUGUGGCCAAGUGCUGAGGGACAUGCUCCCAGCCAUGCUGCGUGCUCUUGUGGAGCACACAAGCCACACCGUGGGGCAAAAAAUGCCAGCGCCCAGCGGGAGCCUGAGCAGCAUAACGGAUGGCCAAGUCCACGUAGUGGGCAACCCUUGCAGGCUUUCCAUGGAGGCCCUGGCCUGCGCCAUUUCGAAGGGCGUAGGGGAAAGUGUGGCCGCAUCCCUGUGCAAGGAGGGAACGUGGCCCUUGCUCGAGUGCCCAGAGACACACCACGAGGGGGUGUGCCAGCUGGCCAGGGCUCUGCUGCUGUCGGGCAUGGUAACGCCCAGUUUUAUCAAGGAGAUCCUCAAAUGGGUGCGGGCUGCGUCACCAAAGCUGAGGCUCACAGGGACAGCCUUCCUCAGCCAGUGCAUCCUCUAUAAGCACCCAGCAUCCCAGGAAGACGCUGCUCUCAACCAAGCAGUGCCCCCAUCUACUCGCAUCGGCACCACCUCUCCCGCUCACACUAGGCCCCUGUCUUGA